CCUUGUUAGGAGAAUGAUUGACUGAGCUGAUCUAUUGCUUUGUUAAAUAAAAAUGUUUACAAGGCCUACUUUCAGUGGCUGCCUCUGUCACAACAUGGAAGCACAUAAAUCUCUCCUAAUAUGUGCACUCAUCUGUACAGUUACUGGAGUGUUCUCCCAAGGUCUCCGUUCAUAUGUUAAGACUGAUGGGUCUUUGAUUCUUUCGCUGGUAAAGAGGACGUACUCUGUGAGAAGUGCCACUGAGUGCGCUGCCAAAUGUGAUGCAGAGACAACCUUCAUCUGCAGAUCGUUUGUAUAUAUAGAAGAGGAUCACGACUGUCUGACAAUCCCAGCAAACUCCAAAGUCCGGUCUUUGUACAGGAGAGGAAGUGCAAAACUCUAUGAAAAGAAAGAGUAUUUAAAGGAAUGUGUCAGUGGUAUUGGAGCUGAUUACAGAGGGACAAAAUCCAUAACCAAAUCAGGGAUAAUAUGCCAGCAAUGGACCUCAAGAUCUCCACAUAAACCCAACAUGAACUCUCAGAGAUAUCCCAAGGCUGACCUGGAGUCGAACUUCUGCAGAAAUCCAGACAGUGACGCUGGGGGACCCUGGUGCUACACUAUGGAUCCAGCCAAGAGAUGGGAGUCAUGUGAUGUACAGGACUGUGCAAGUACAGACUCCUCAGAGGACUGCAUGCACUGCAGUGGAGAGGACUACAGAGGCAACAUCUCAAGAACAGAGGCUGGUUACACCUGUCAACAUUGGGACGCUCAAACUCCACACAGUCAUGGCUACAUGUCCUCUCUGCUUCCAGAUAAACAUCUGGAGGAGAACUACUGCAGGAACCCAGAUGGGGAACCCAAGCCGUGGUGUUUCACUACUGCCCCUCAAAAGCGCUGGGACUUCUGUAACAUCCCUCAGUGUGCCUCUGAUCCUCCAGCCACUGAGGAGGAGUACACCUGCAUCACGGGUGAUGGCACUGCCUACCGGGGAUCAGUGUCUGUGACAGUGACAGGGAGGGCCUGUCAGACGUGGUCAUCUCAGACUCCGCAUAAACACUCUCAAAGACCAGAAAACUACCCAUGCAAAACACUGGAAGAAAACUACUGCAGAAACCCCAACAGUGAGAAAAGUCCCUGGUGCUACACGUCAGACCCUGGAACUAGGUGGGAGUACUGCAGGGUGCCCAGAUGUGGAGAGGAAGAACCUGUUGUCCCUGAAACAGUGGACUGCCACACUGGGGAUGGGAGCUCGUACAGAGGGGCCAUGUCUGAGACUGUUAGUGGGAAGACAUGCCAGGCCUGGUCAUCCAUGGCUCCUCAUCGGCAUCAGACAACACCUCAGGCAUUUCCACAAGCUGACCUGCAGGGGAACCUGUGCAGGAACCCAGAUGGUGACCGUGCUCCCUGGUGCUUCACCACUGACCCAGGCCAACGCUGGGAUUACUGCAAACUGGGCAAGUGUCCCACGACCAGACUGUCUCCAGUAUCGAGAGCUGAGAAGCCCACCGAUCCAGCUGUCACCCUCGCCCUCCCAACCAAAGACUGCAAGGUUGGGAACGGGGUGGAUUACAGGGGUUUGACAUCUACGACUCUGAUGGGUGUCACCUGUCAGGCCUGGAGCUCAAUGGAGCCCCAUCCUCACGCAGCCUUUACCUCUGAAACACACCCUGAAAAAGGCUUAGCGGGGAAUCAAUGUCGGAACCCAGACAAUGAUGUUAACGGACCUUGGUGUUACACUAUGGAUGAGAAGAAGAAGUGGGACUACUGUCAGAUUCCAGACUGCUCUGAGCACAAAUGCGGAGCAGCUAAAGUGACACAAAAACGAUGCUUUGGCCGUAUUGUUGGAGAGUGUGUGUCCGAACCUCACUCUUGGCCAUGGCAAAUCAGUUUACGGACCAGAACUGGUGUUCAUAACUGUGGAGGAACUCUGAUAGGGGCUCAAUGGGUUCUAACAGCUGCACACUGUAUAAAUAGGGGUGGAAACCCAUCCGCCUACAGAGUAUUCCUUGGAAUCCACUCAGAGAAAGCAACUGAACCUUCAAAGCAAAUGAGGGACGUUGAGAAACUGAUUCUUGAACCGACAGGGAAAGACAUUGCACUUCUCAAGCUUGACAAACCAGCCAUCUUAAAUGAUAAGGUUUCCCCAGCAUGCUUACCAGAGAAGGAUUACAUUGUUCCACCCAAUACAGCGUGCUAUAUAACUGGAUGGGGUGACACACAAGGGACUGGCGGAGAAGGGUUUCUGAAGGAAACUGGAUUCCCUAUCAUUGAAAACACAUUGUGUAACGCACCUCUUUACCUGGAUGGGAGAGUGAAGGACCAUGAGAUGUGUGCUGGAAACAUUGAAGGAGGAACAGACAGUUGCAAGGGGGACAGUGGAGGACCGCUUGUAUGUGUCCGUGAGACGGCCUUCAUUAUUCAAGGGGUGACAUCAUGGGGUCUUGGCUGCGCUAGGGUCAUGUCUCCAGGGGUGUAUGUCAGAGUGUCAAAAUUUGUCGACUGGAUUAGAAGAGAAAUGUUAAUAAACAAAUACUAUACCCACGUUGAUGCAGGCUCUAGGUAUGCCAAAAUCCAGAAGAUCUUGCAAAUGUCUGGAGUACUUUCAGAUGUCCUCGACGCUUACACUAAGACUGAUGGGGCCUGGGUCAUAACUAUGGUGAAGAAAUCGUAUUCAGUGAACACAGCAGCUGAAUGUGCAACCAAAUGCAAUGCAGAGCUAUCCUUCCUUUGCAGGGCCUUUGUAUACAUAGAAAAGGAUCAAGAAUGUGUGACCGUCCCAGCAAACUCAAAAAUUGAGAUGUUGCUACGGAGGAUGAGUUCAGUAUUUUAUGAGAAGAAAGAGUAUUUACAAGAAUGCAUCACUGGCAGUGGCGAUACUUACAGGGGAACAAAAUCAAGGACAAAAUCAGGAAGAACAUGCCAGCGAUGGGCCUCAAAAUUCCCCCAUAUCCCCAACAUGACUCCAGAUAAAUAUCCCCAGGCUGACCUGGAGAAGAACUACUGCAGAAACCCAGACAGUGACGCUGGUGGACCCUGGUGCUACACUACGGAUCCAGAGAAGAGAUGGGAGUCCUGUGGCCUUCAGGACUGCGCAGAAGAGUGUAUGCACUGCAGCGGGGAGGACUACAGAGGCAAGAUCUCAAAAACAGAGGCUGGUUAUACCUGUCAACGUUGGGAUGCUCAAACUCCACACAAUCAUGGCUACCUUCCCUCAGCGCUUCCUGAAAAAUAUCUGGAGGAGAACUACUGCAGGAAUCCAGAUGGGGAACCCAAGCCGUGGUGUUUCACUACUGACUCCAAAAAGCGCUGGGACGUCUGUAAAAUCCCCCGAUGUGCCUCUGAGCCUCCAACUAUAGUACCAGAGCUGACCUGUGUUACCGGUGAUGGCAGUGAUUAUAGAGGAACCGUUUCCGUGACAAUCUCAGGGAAGGCCUGUCAGCUGUGGUCCACACAGUCUCCACAUAAGCACUCUCGAACUCCAGACAACUACCCAUGCAAAGGCCUUGAGGUCAACUACUGCAGAAAUCCUGACAGUGAGAGAAGUCCCUGGUGCUACACGACAGACAGUGAGACUCGCUGGGAGUACUGCAAGGUGCCCACCUGUGGAAACGAGGCUGCGCCUGAAGAUCCUGUCAUCCCUGAAAUAGAGGACUGCUACACUGGUGAUGGGAGCUCAUACAGAGGGGCCAUGUCAGAGACUAUUAGUGGGAAGAAAUGCCAGUUCUGGUCGUCCAUGUCGCCUCAUCGCCAUAAAAAGACACCACAGGACUUUCCCUUAGCUGACCUGCGGAGGAACCUGUGCAGGAACCCAGAUAGUGACCGUGCUCCCUGGUGCUACACCACUGACCCAGGCCACCGCUGGGAGUACUGCAAACUGGACAAGUGUCCCACCACUGUCCCACCAAGUGUCCCAACACAAAAACCAGUUGUUGGCCCCAAGCCCCCCAGUCCACCUGCCACCUCUGCUCCAACAGUAAAAGGUGGGAGGGUGACCCCUACUAACCUUUGAGACGUGCACUUUGUGUGUUUUUUUCCCAUGUUGCUGAAAUGGUUUUGUGAUGACACCACACCUGAUUUAUGUUCAGACUGCAAGCUGGGAAAUGGAGGCACCUACAGGGGUCCUACAUCUAGGACUCUGAUGGGUGUCACCUGCCAAGCCUGGAGCUCCAUGGUCCCCCAUCAGCAUGCAAGCUUCACCCCUGAAUCCCACCCUGAUAAAGGCUUAGAUGGGAAUCAAUGUAGGAACCCAGACAACGAUGUGAAUGGGCCUUGGUGCUACACUACAGACAGUAACAAGAAGUGGGACUACUGCCAGAUUGCAGACUGUUCUGAACAGAAAUGUGGACAGCCUCAAACGAUGCCCAGGCGUUGCUUCGGCCGUAUUGUUGGAGGCUGUGUGUCCAAACCCCACUCCUGGCCAUGGCAGAUCAGCCUACGGACCAGCACUGGUAUUCACUUCUGUGGGGGGACUCUGAUUGAUGCGCAGUGGGUUCUUACGGCUGCCCACUGUCUAGAGAGGUCUAAAAGGCCAUCCGCAUACAAAGUGUAUAUGGGAAUCCACUCAGAGAGAGGAAAUGAACCAUCAAAGCAAGUGAGGAACGUUGAGAAGCUGAUUCUUGAACCGACAGGGAAAGAUAUUGCUCUUCUCAAACUUGAAAAGCCUGUUAUCUUAGAUGGUAAAGUUUUGCCAGCAUGCUUACCAGAGAAGGAUUACGUUGUUCCAGGCAAAACAGAGUGCUAUGUAACCGGAUGGGGUGAGACACAAGGAACGGGUGGAGAAGGGUACCUGAAAGAAACCGGAUUUCCAGUCAUUGAAAAUAAGAUUUGUAACAGAGUUGCGUAUCUGAAUGGGCGGGUGAAGGAGCACGAGAUGUGUGCUGGGAACAUCGAGGGAGGCUCAGACAGCUGCCAGGGGGACAGUGGAGGUCCACUCGUGUGCCACUCGAAGAACACCUUUGUUCUCCAAGGGGUCACGUCAUGGGGGCUGGGCUGUGCUAACGCAAUGAAACCAGGGGUGUACGCCAGAGUGUCCAAAUUUACUGACUGGAUUAGCAGUGAAAUGAAAAAGAACAGUGCUUAGCUUUAAUUGUAAAAGAUCAAAUCUUGCCAUGGACUCUCGAUGAAAUACUGUUCCGUUGAAAUGCCCUGAUGUAACCAUUUUCUAAACUUGUACUUUUGCAGGGAGCGACCACCAAGGUUGUUACAUUAUUUCAUUGUGUCUGUACAAGGGGCUGCCACCAUCAUUUUAAAUUUCAUCUCUUUAUUUUUAAGAGAAUGAAUGAUACUUUUAUGUUGAAACAACUGAAAAUGACGUAUUAUUCAAUGGGCAGAAGGAACUGUAGCAGGCAAUACUCAUGUUUCAGAAUAGAAUGUAACAAUUUUAAUAAAUGUUUCAAAUGUU